CAGCCGUCGAGAGCGUGGAGUAGAAGCACACUCGUGUUGGUACGGACACAGACGGGAAAGGACAGUGUGUGAAUGUUUGUGCUCCUGUUGCUGUGUGCUUCAGAAUCAUUGAGCUGAUCGUCACAAUGCUGGAGAGGAGCAGGGUGACACUGGUGGCGGAUCUCUUCUUCAGCAGGAGACACUCGUCUGAGGAGGGGAAGGAGAGAAUUCACUGCCUCUGCUCCAGAGCCUUCGUACAGGAUCGUGAGCUGUAUCGCUCUGAUAAUAGACUGCUGUCCUUUGACCUGACAGAAACCUUCCAAGAAGAAGAUGAUGAAGAUGAGGAAGAAGAGGACGCUGAGGAGGUUUUGGAUGAAGAGGCUCAGUUGAUGGCCAGCAUGGGUUUGCCCUUGGCCUUUGUCAGCUCUUCUGACCAGAGGAGAGCAGGGAAGAGGUCAAAAAGGAAGCCUGCCACAUACUGGGCAGCUGAAGAGGGGGGUGAUGAAAAAGAGCUACAGGUUGACAACAAAGUUGAUGAGAAGGAAGUGUAUGAGCCACUGGUUGAAGGGUCAGGAGGGAUCCAAGAUGCUGGCUGGGAAACCUACUGGGCUCAACAGGGUGAAGCUCUGCUGUGGAGCAGCUGGCUGGAGAAACAUCCAGAGACUGAGCUACGGUCUGCAGAAGAUCCAGGAACAGUGGCUGCUCCUUGGGACAACACAGAAACAAAGGCUGACUGGGACAAACAUGCAGCAGACACCUACUACUCCUACUGGGAGCAGUAUUCAUACUGGGUAGCGCAGGGCUGGACCACUUACCAGUCCACCUGUAAUGGGAACACUGGUGGACAAGCAGCAGCAGGGGUGAUGGACAAAGGCAUAGAGGCACACUCAGAAAAAUGGAAGGAUGGACAGACUGGAGCUGAGAGUCAACAGAGAGUAGAAUUGAAGGCUCUCCACGAUGACAUUGAGGUUUUGAAAGAUAUGUUUGGACAGAACUGCACAAUAGAAGCAGGUGGCAGCUCCGUGACUGACUCAGAGAUACAUAGACAGUAUGUGAGUGCUGCUAUCAGAGAACAGUCAGAGGGAGAGCUCUGUGGCUCCGAUGAUCCUUCUGAUGGUGGGAAUGAUCGCAAAAGACCCGCUGCCUCCUCACAGCCGAACACAACCAAACAUACAGAUUCCCAGCAGGCUGCUGGCAGCCCUGUGGGACAGUAUGGCUCAAGGAAUAAGAUGUCAGAUAGAGAAGAUGAGAACGAUGAUGACAAACCCAGAGGAGGAGGACAUGCUAAAGUCAAACGCAGUCAUGAGCUGGAUGUGGAGGAGAGCCCACAUCUGACACCUGAUGCAGCUUGGAGUAAACUGGGACUCAAACAUAACCCAGAGCCCCUGUUCAACAGUGUGUUAAAGUUUAAAGGCAGCGCUGGUCAGAAGUGUCAGAGGCAGUGGUGGACUAAGAGAAUAGUCCGCAGCAUCAACAAACACACCAGGUUCUCAGAAACGGGAAGAGACAACACACAGCCACAGAUCAGCACCUCUCUCUACAAGGUCCAAAACUUCCUUAAAAAGAACCAGAGAGAGACACAGAUGACUCCAUGUUGCCAGCGUGAGAUGAGAGGAAGAUGUACACAGGAACCUGAGGACAAUCCUCCAUUUCUGGGAAAAGUGACGGGAGAAGAGGAGAAAAGGAGGAGGAGGGAGAUGAAGAGUGCUGAGAAAGGAGAUAAGGAGGUGGUGGAAGAAGAAGAGAGUUCUAAUUCUUUGUCCAGUUUAGAUGCAGAAAGGAAUAGGUACACUCAGGUCAACAACUCCUUCAACUCGGCUACUGAGACUGUGGAUAUUGAGAGGGAGGAGGAGCAGGAGCAGCCUGGUAGACAGUUAACAUAUCUAGAAAUUCCUGACUUUAUCCCGUCUGAUGCACCUGCAGAUGACAGCGAGUUGAGUGGGAAAGAUGGAAAGAAGCAAAAGAAGAAGGGUAAGCGACAGAAGAAGCAGCAGGUCCCAGCGGAGAUGGCAGCUGAACCGGAGCUGGCUAAAUACUGGGCUCAACGCUACAGACUCUUCUCUCGCUUUGAUGAAGGGAUCAGGCUGGACCGAGAGGGCUGGUUCUCUGUGACACCAGAGAGAAUUGCUGAGCAUAUCGCCCUCAGGGUGGAGCACAGCUUCUGUGACUCUCAGCUGGUCAUAGAUGCCUUCUGUGGUGUUGGAGGAAACGCCAUUCAGUUCGCCCUCACUGGAAAGAGAGUCCUGGCCAUUGAUAUCGACCCGGUAAAGUUGAACAUGGCGCGGCACAAUGCUACAGUUUACAGUGUGGCCAAUCAAAUUGACUUCCUGCAAGGAGACUUCCUUCAGCUGGCAUCCUGUCUCUGUGGCGAUGUGGUCUUCCUCUCACCACCAUGGGGUGGACCAGACUACCUGACUGCUGAGGUGUUUGACAUCAGGACCAUGAUGGAGCCUGAUGGAUUUGAGAUUUUCCGCCGGGCCAAACUGAUAUCAGACAACAUAGUGUACUUCCUGCCUCGCAAUGCUGACAUGGAUCAGAUAGCCUCUCUGGCUGGCCUGGGAGGGAAGGUGGAAGUAGAGCAGAACUUCCUCAACAACAAGCUAAAGACAGUGACAGCUUACUUUGGCAGCUUGAUAAAAUCAGACAGCUAGAGACCUUGCAAAGGCAUGGACCAGUAAGGAUCUCCCUCCAUUAAAUAGGGAAUGGAACAAAAAUCUAUUUACACUCUAUUUCCCUCUUUAUACUAGGGCCUGUCACCUUUUAUUCACUCCAGGGCUCCAUUCAAGAACUAAAAAGUCCAACAGUUUGACUUACUUUUUUGUACCUAUUUGUCAUUCAAGUUUUGUCAUAUGUAAGUAAGAAAUAUUUCAGACUGAAUCUGAUGAUCAGAAGUUUUAUAGUUUUUGACUACCCUGCAUCUCUGAGUUAAUGCAGGUGGUUUAUGAAUCCCUCAGAUUAAGUUAACACUUAACACUCUUAGAGUUUUACAACAAUUUAUAUUUUAUCCUUUUUUUUAUUGUACAUUAGAACAAAUAAAUGUUUUUCAGAAUG